AUGGCGCAAUUCUUCCAACAACCCCCACCGCAAGCACCAUACGGCGCAUCCUCAGCGCAAAACCUCCAAUUUUACCCAUCUUCAUACACACCGAAUCCCGUCUCCGGGCACGCCACUCCCUCACAAGCUGCAUAUGGAGGAUAUGGAGCACCAGCUGGCUCACCUGGAUAUGGUGUUCCAGGCGGAGGAGGGUUCAACUCAGGUUUCGGCGCACCGCAAGGAGUUAGUGGGCGCAUGGGAGAGCAGGGCGGUUUGAGAACAGGCUGGUUGGCUGCGUUUGGGACAGAAGGCUAUGAUGGUGAACCACCUCUAUUAGAAGAGCUGGGCACAUUAGCAGUCCUAAACCCCCUCGCAAGGAUAGACCAGCACAUAAUGGACGACUCUGACCUCGCCGGCCCAAUCCUCUUCUUCCUCCUCUUCGGGACAUUCCUUUUAUUCUCAGGAAAAGUGCACUUCGGAUACAUAUACGGCCUCGCGCUCUUGGGCUCCAUCAUGCUGCACCUAAUCCUCUCCCUCAUGUCGCCUCCCCUCGAAACAAGCUCAACAUCCGCGCAACAACAAGCACCGCAACACCUCUCCUCCACGCUCACAUUCCCGCGCUCGGCGUCCGUGCUAGGCUACUGUUUGCUGCCGCUCGUCCUGACGAGCUUGGUUGGCGUGGUGGCUCCCAUGGAUGGCGUGCUGGGGUAUGUAUUGACGAGCGCGGCGGUGAGCUGGUGUACGUAUAGCAGUAGUGGAAUGUUUUGCGCGGUGGGGAGGAUGAGGGGGAUGAGGGGCCUAGUGGCGUAUCCGUUGGCGUUGUUUUAUGUGGGCUUUGGGAUUAUGGGAAUUUUUUCGAGUAGGGGGAGUAAGGGGUUGCCCGGGAAGACUAUGCCUUAG